CGGCCCCGGCGGCCUCAGCGUCCCCGUUAGCUCCGCGCCCAGCCCCGCGCGGCCCGCAGCGCCGGGAGGAUGUCGCGGCCCGUCAGGAACAGGAAGGUGGUGGAUUACUCCCAGUUUCAGGAAUCAGAUGAUGCUGAUGAUGAUUAUGGAAGAGAUUCAGGCCCCCCAUCCAAGAAAAUCCGCUCAUCUCCCCGAGAGGCCAAAAACAAGAGGAGAUCUGGCAAGAAUUCUCAGGAGGACAGUGAGGACUCAGAAGACAAAGAUGUGAAGACCAAGAAAGAUGAUUCACACUCAGCAGAUGAAGAUUUUGGCAGUGAGGACGACGACGUGGGAGCCGACGACGGCAAAGCCGACAGCGACUACGAGAGCUCCCAAAAAAGCAAAAAAGGAAAAAAGGCCAAACCAGACAAGAACAAGAGAGCAGCCUCCAAAUCCAGGAAAAGGCCUGCAGAGGACAGCGAGGAUGAGAAGGAAGAUCACAAAAAUGUUCGUCAGCAGCGGCAGGCGGCCUCCAAAGCAGCCUCCAAACAGAGGGAGAUGCUGAUGGAGGAUGUGGGCAGUGAGGAGGAGGAGCAGGAGGAUGAUGAGGCACAGUUCCAGGAGACAGAUUCAGGAAGUGAUGAAGACUUCCUCAUGGAAGAUGAUGAUGACAGUGACUAUGGCAGUUCAAAAAAGAAAAACAAGAAAGUCUCCAAGAAAUCCAAGCCAGAGAGGAAAGAAAAGAAAAUGCCCAAGCCCAGGCUAAAGGCUACAGUGACCCCCAGCCCAGUGAAAGGCAAAGGGAAGGCAGGUCGCCCCACAGCUUCCAAGGCAACAAAAGAAAAAACCCCAUCCCCAAAAGAAGAGGAUGAAGAACCUGAAAGUCCCCCAGAAAAGAAAAAAUCAGCCAGCCCUCCACCAGAAAAAUCAGGGGAUGAGGGCUCUGAAGAUGAAGCACCCUCUGGUGAAGAUUAAAAGGCAGUUGAGAGGAAAAAAAAUCUUUGUUUAAAAAAAAAAAAGAGGAAAAAAAAAAAAGAAAAAGGAAAAGAAAACAACACUUAGGGGUAGAACACGGUUUUGGCUGUGGCUUGACUCAUGGGCUUUGAAUGCUAUCUUUAUUUUCAGCUGGUUAAUCCAGUGAAAUUCUUUUUUAAUAAGAGAAAAACCCUUCUCUACAGUGAGAUUUUCAAGUCAGAAUGUUCUCUGUUGGUCAUUCUGUUCUCCCUCCCCUGCCAAAUCUGAAAAGCCAUUUGAGACAAAUUAGAACAAACCAUUGGAUUUCUGUUCAAUAUUGGAUUUCUGUUCAAUAUUGGAUUUCUGUUCAGUAUUGGAUUUCUAUUCAAUAUUGGAUUUCUAUUCAAUAUUGGAUUUUUAUUCAAUAUUUGAUUUCUUUCCAAUAUAUGAUUUUUUUUUCAAUAUAUGAUUUUUUUCCAAUAUUUUAUUUUAUUUUUUUUUUCCCAAGGGAUACUGCAGUUGUGAAGCAAUAAGGUUUGAGACUGAUCUGUGGAAAAAAACCAUACUUACAAAUCCUCAAGUAGAAUUAGAUUUUUUUUCCCCAGUGCUGGUAAGAGCUGUUUAAAAUUAUUCUUCUAUAUUUGGAAUAUGUGGAGAAAAAAAAAUAAUCAAGUUUUGUUUGAACAGAUUUAAGAUGAGUUUAGUCUCAGCAAAAAUAAUUCCAGAGGAGGAGGAGGAUGGAGCACAGGGAGGAAUCCUGUGUUUUUUGGAUUUAGGCACGUUUUUCAUGGAAAACAAUCAAGAAAUUCUGAGAUGCUCCAGUGUCUUUGAUUUUAUAAAAAAUCCUUCAGAUGUUUUGUCUCUGCUGGAUAGAAAACUCUUUAAUUGCAGCCCAUUCCAGAGAAAUUCAGAUUUUCAGCCUUCAGCUUUCCCAUGUCCACUCACCCUUUUAUUCCUUCUCUAGAGGGGCAGAACAGGGAGGAGAAAUUGGAAAAUCCUUUUGAAACCUGCUGUCCAUUGGGUAUGGUGGGAAAUGGUUUUAUUAUGGAUUUUUGCAAGGAAAAAAAAAACCCAAAAUAACAGAUAAUGUAACGUGAGAUUGUUGGGGUGAGCAGAGGAUUGCCCUGAGCCAGCCCUGGGUGUUCCUUCCCUUCCCUUCCCUCCCUCCUGUGCCCUCACAGAGCCCCAGGGAUCAUGGCUGGCAUGGGGGGCACAGCGGGCACUGCCUGUGCCCACCCUGCUGCUGUGGGCUCUGUGGGGUCAGCUGCCCUCAUACCUGUGGGGUCAGCUCCCCUUUUUCCUGUAGGGUCUGUAGGAUCAGCUCCCCACCCUUCCUGUGGGAUCUGUAGGGUCAGCUGCCCUCGUACUUGUAGGGUCUGUGGGGAAAGCUGCCCUUAUACCUGUAGGUUCAGCUCUUCAUCCCUCCUGUAGGAUCUGUGGGAUCUGCCCCUCUUCUGCCUGUAGGAUCAGCUCCCCACCCCUCCUGUAGGGUCUGUGGGGUCAGCUGCCCCUUAUUACCUGUGGGCUUCGUGGGGUCAGCUCCCCUUCUGCCUGUAGGAUCAGCUGCUCCUCCUAUGGGAUCUGUGGCAUCAGCUCCUCAUCCUUCCUGUAGGGUCUGUGGGGUCAGUUCCCCUUAUUACUUGUAGGGUCAGUGGGGUCAGCUCCUCUUCUGCCUGUAGGAUCAGCUCUCCACCUCUCCUGUGGGAUGUGUAGGAUCUGCUCCUCACCUCUUCUGUGGGAUCAGCUCCUCACCCUUGCUGUGGGGUCAGCUCCCCUUAUACCUGUAGGAUCAGCUCCUCACCCCUCCUGUGGGAUCUGUGGGAUCAGCUCCUUACUUCUCCUGUGGGGUCUGAGGGAUGUGUAGGAUCAGCUCCCCAACCCUCUCUGUGGGGUCUGAGGGAUCUGUUCCUCUCCUGCUUGUGGGAUUUCUCCUCAGCCCUGUCUGUGGGAUCUGCUCCCACCUCUCCUGUGGGAUCUGUAGGAUCAGCUCCUCACCCCUCCUGUGGGGUCUGUGGGGUCAGCUUCUCACUUCUCCUGUGGGAUCUGCUCCCCUUCUGCAGUGUUUGCUGUAGGAUCAGCUCCCCAACCCUCCUGUGUGGGGUGAGGAAUCUCUUCCCCGCUUGCCUGUGGGAUUUUCUCCUCACCCCUGUCUGUGGGAUGUGUGGGGUCAGCUCCUCACCCUUCCUGUGGGAUGUGUGGGGUCAGCUCCUCACCCUUCCUGUGGGAUCUGCUCUCCUUCUGCCUGUAGGAUCAGCUGCUCAUCCUUCUUGUGGGGUCUGAGGGAUCUCUUCCCCUCUUGCCUAUGGGAUUUUCUCCUCACCCCUGUCUGUAGGAUCUGCUCCCACCCUGCUUCUGGGAUCUGUGGGAUCAGCUCCCCAGGUUCCUGUGGGAUUUGUGGGAUCAGCUCCUCACCCUUCCUAUGGGAGCUGUUGCUCUUCUGCCUGUAGGGUCAGCUCCUCAUCCUUCUUGUGGGCUCUGAGGGAUCUGUGGGAUCAGCUCCUCACUGUGGAUCCUCUGGGAUGUGUGGGAUCAGCUCCCCCAUGUUCCUGUGAGAUCUGUGGGAUCAGCUGCUCACUGUGGAUCCUCUGGGAUCUGUGGGAUCAGCUCCUCACUGUGGAUCCUCUGGGAUGUGUGGGAUCAGCUCCCCCAUGUUCCUGUGAGAUCUGUGGGAUCAGCUCCUCACUGUGGAUCCUCUGGGAUCUGUGGGAUCAGCUCCCCCAUGUUCCUGUGGGAUCUGUGGGAUCAGCUCCCCCAUGUUCCUGUGGGAUCUGUGGGAUCAGCUCCCCCAUGUUCCUGUGGGAUCUGUGGGAUCAGCUCCUCACCCUUCCUGUGGGAUCAGUUCCCCCCAUUUCUGUGGCAUUUGUGGGGUCUGUAGGAUCAGCUCCCUCCUCUCUGUAGGAUCAGCUCCCCACUGCUCCUGUGGGAUUUGUCUGUGGGGUCUGAGGGAUAUUUUACAGGGAUAUUUUGCAGGGAUAUUUCACAGUGGGGCUGUCCCUGUGUCCCAUUUUGUGCUGCCAUUUUAAUUUACUUUCACCCAAGCAGCCAAACCCUUUCCUUCAUUUUUAAAUUUUUUUAUUUUCUGCACUUCAUGAACCUCCACAAACCUCAAUUUCCACACCCUCAGCCACUUUCCCGCCACAUUUGUUGGUGGAAACAUUGAAAACUGGACCUGCCAUUUUUAUUUUUAUUUUUUUCCUUAAACCCUCUGUGCUUUUGUCUGUUGCUCAAUUUCCCUUCCAGCUUUGCAUCUUUCUUGGUUAUUUUUAUUUUUAUUUUUUAUUCUUUUGUCCCAGAAUUCCCCGUUAUUAACCAGGUGACAUAAGGCAGCUAAUCCAUGAAUUUGGGAUUUCUGGUGGCAGCAGAUCCUGAAUCCUUUUGGGAUUUUGGACAUUUCCUAAAGUUCUACACUAAAAAUGAUGGAAAAAUCCUACAGAACUCACUGAUUGUCCUGUGGGAUUCCCUGGCUUUUGUUGAGGCUGAUAAAUCCCUUUUUCUUCUAAAAUUAAAUUUCUUUAACAUUCUUAACUCUCAUGGAAUUCCUGUUGCAGUUACAAUAAAGAUGAUGUUGUUUCAUUGUAAA